UGAUAAGUCAGUUGCAAAGUUCAACCAGGUCCGAUAAGAUUUCAACGAGUUGGGGUUCUUAGUGUUUGGUCUAACAGAGACUAUUGAAGGAAGAAUAUGAGAUUUCUUAGAACUUUUUGGAUUUUGUGUGCAGUGCAAAUUGCAAAUGUCCUGUCUGAUGCGGCAACGGAUUAUAACAAAGUUAACAAUGAUGGAUCAUUUUCGUUCGGUCUAUCCAAUAAAGAUAUUGGUGGUCAUUACCAUGAAGCUACUGGUUCUGCAGACAAGAUAGUUCGAGGUCGUUAUGGUGCAAGAAGUCCGGCAAGCGGUCGUAUUGAAGAAACCGUCUAUACAGCGGGACCACGUGGAUUCCGCGCACGAGGCCCUCGAAUUCAUCGAAAAAUGGAUCUGUCGCAGUAUCCUCGAGGACCAAUUGGAACUCCGGGUGACCCCUAUGGUGACCCUAAUGAAGAUCCUAGCUAUGCAUUCAAUUUCCGGACAUCUGAGUAUGAACGACGGGAGGACGCUGAUAGCACUGGGAGAGUUCGAGGGCUUUACUCAUAUCUUGAUGACAUUGGAGAGCGGCAUACUGUCCGAUACGCUGCUGGAGCUGGAACAGGCUUUGAAGUCCUGAAUGCUGUUCCUGACUCGCCAGCAAACGUCGCAUAUGGUGCACCUUUGUACAAAGCACCUAAAGGAACACGAGGUCGAAUGGCAACGGUAAGGGGACCGGACGGCCAGUAUCGUUUUAUACUAUCAGCUCCUGAUCAUCGUAGAUCGGAAUCUAGCGGGCCAGAUGGAGUUGUGCGAGGAUCGUAUUCAUUUUUAGAUGACAAAGGCACCCAACGCACAGUACAAUACAUUGCUGGUGCGGGAAUAGGAUACAGAGUAGUCCAAAGUACAACGGGCGCAGGAUCACAUUUGGCGCCAAGGCCAGCAAUCCCACAACUUGGUAUAAGAGACCAACAAUCUAAUGAUCUUGCAGAUGAUGGAUAUUUGAAAACUUCAGAGUCCGGAAGAUUCCGCCCGACUGACCGCGAUAGGGAUCCUAAUGAUGACCGUUUAAAUCAAUAUGAUGACAUUGGGACCGAGGACCGUUAUGAUGAUUGGUAUAAUGAUCGUGAUGGAGGUUUUUCAGGUGAUCGACAAGGAAGUCGCGACAAAAAUGAUGGUGGUUUUUCGGCAAAUGGACAGGAUGCUGAUAAAAGGAGACCUUUUGGAGAAGGUGCCGAUGGAAAUAAAAGAAGACCCUUUGGAGAUCGUGAUGAUGGAAAUAAAAGGCGACCUUUUGGGGAUCGAGGUGAAGGGGAUAAAAGGCGACCUUUUGGGGAUCGAGGUGAAGGAGAUAAAAGGCGACCUUUUGGGGAUCGAGGUGAAGGAGAUAAGAGGAGGCCUUUUGGAGAUCGCGAUGAUAGUGGAGAUCGUCGAAAUCCUUUUUUUGAUAACAGGACUGCCGGUUAUGACUACAGCCAAGGAUCGCUAGGUACAAACACUAGAUAUGGCGGCAAGGGCGGUUCCAAUGUCGAUCGAGGUUCAACUUUUGGCAUCAAGGUAUCCACUGAUCGUUAUGAUGACCGAUAUGAUGAUGACUAUAGCUUCAACAAAAAGUUCGGUAGUGGAGCCCAGAAAGGGUCAAAAAACGAUUACCCCUCACGAGAUGAAUAUUCGCCAGAUCGCAACAGAAUUCCCUCAGAUACGGGCUUAGGUCAAGAUCGGCCAGAAUUCUAUGACGAUGAUGAUCAAGGUUUCCCGGUAAUCUCUACAGAUCAGCGGCCGCUAAAUAAAGAUCGCAAUCGUGAUUUUGCUCAAUAUGGACGAGAUUCAACUAUCCUCAAAAAUGUAGGGAAAUGGUAUGUAGGAUUGCCGCCCGGAGCUUCGGUUCGAGCUCAUGUACAAAAUAUUGACCUUCUACCACUAGGCGGAAGACAGCCAUCGCCAUCUGAAGCAUUACGGAGAGACGAAUUGGCAUCAGCUUGAAUAAUUUUUGUAUAAUCAUUACAGCCGAUUUUAUUCACUUCCAUACAUAUGUAUUUAUUUUUUUCUAUGUAUAAUACUUUGUAUAUUUAAUGUAAAACUACUUUUUUAAGAACAUAUAAUACAACAUGUACAA